AUGACCAGAAAGUGCAGUAUAAAUAAUUGUAAAAGUUUUGAUGGUGAAUGUACAUUUUUUAGUGUACCAAAAGAAUUUAAUACUAUCUGGACAAACAUUAUUAAAAAUGUUAAUAAAUGUGACACUAAAGUUAAGUUUGUCUGUGAAAAACAUUUUCGUCCACAAGACAUUGUGACAACUUAUAGUGGAGUUGAGGUAUUUGAAAGUUAAAAAAUAAAGUAGAGUUAUUAUUAAAUAACAUAAUAAGCAUGCAACAUAAAUAUUAAAUUGUUGUGUAUACUUAAAGUGACAAUAUGUACCGCUUUAAACGAUACAGUCCCAUUUCUGUGUCGUUGUCUUUUGGGAAAUCUUUGGGACACAAAAAUAUUCCGUUUUCAAGAGGUAAACAAAUAAAUGAGAAUCAAUUGUGUACACGCGGAAGGUCGGGUUUGUAGUUAAACUUCUUCAUCGUUGUGUGCCGGUUAUUGGACUUAUUGAAGAAAAUAUGUUCCAAAAAAAAAUAUACUAGUAUAUAAUUUUCUUUAUAAUUAUUAAAUAGAAAAAUAAAUGUCUAUUAUAAAAAUUAGUUACUUAUUAAUAAAUAAUAAUUUUAAUCAAUUAAUUUCAUUUUUGUUCCGUAAAAAUAUAAUAAUUGGUGUAUAACUUUGUUAAUGAUUAUUAAAAAAAUGUUGUGUUUUUAGUAAAAAUGACAAUGCAUUUUAUUUGUCUCAUUUUCAUCAAAAAAAUAUAUGGUCACCUUAUGUAUACAUAUUAUAUAGAGUAUAGACAAUUUAAAGACCUUUAUUAUCAAAAUUAAACAAACAUAGUUUUAGAUUCCUUUUUGAAAAGCUCCACUCCAACAUAUUUCUCUUUCUCCUCUGAUAGUCUUUAUUGCCUGACCAAUAUUAGAAAUUAUAAUGCCUAUCUUAUAUUUUUCAGAGUUUAGGUAUUGAUUUUCCUAAAAGAAUUAAACCUAGAUUAUCUAAAGGUGCUAUUCCUCAAAUUUUUAAUAAUGACAGUCAUAGUUCUGGUGAAAAGGUAAUUUUAACAAUAUCAAUUUUAAUACUUAACAUAAAAAAUUUAAAAAAUUAUGGUUAUGUAUUUAAAAAAUAUUUAUAUUUUUUGAUAGGAAUCUACAAAAAUAAAUAUUGAUGAAAGUACCCAAUCAAUUGUGGAGUGUGGAAGAUAUAUGUUCCCUGAACACGAUUAUAGUUUAGCUAUGGAUAAUUCUUAUGAGGUAGUACCUUCUUAUAAUUAGAGCAAUGGUAUUUUACAAUACAUUAUAAUUUAUAUAAAUUAUUGAGUAUAAAAAUUUAACAAAUUAUUUAUUCAAUAUUUUUAUUUUUUGUUUUAGGUUAUUUAUGUACCCAUUGAAUCUGAAUGUCUUUUUAGUUUAAAAAACAUUGAAAAAACCACCAGUUUACCAAAAGAUUGGUACUCAUCUAUCGAUGUAGAUGCUCUGACAUUUUUUUAUGCUAAACAAGAAACAAUUAAUGAAUUCUUUAAAGUUGUUAUUGAAAAACAGAUAGUAAUAACUAGCGACAAACAAAUUAGAUGUUAUAUAUUAGAUAAACUAUGUUCUGAAGAAGAUUUAUUUUUACCAAAAAUAACAUCUUUCUCGAAUAUUGAAAUAGAAAAAUUAAUAAUUACUUUCGAUAUUAAGCGUCUAUGUGUAGGUGGGCCGAAUGAGUUACAUUAUCCAGGUAUGUAAACAUUUUCUUUCAAUUUAAUAAAAAGAGGUCCCAGGAUAAUGGGGGGGGGAUGGGUGCAGUCACUGUUAUAGAUAAUUUAAUGUAUACCUGUAAGCAAUGAAAAAACCAUUGCUUACAAUAAAAAAAAGAUUCUGAGCAGAGUUCAAUUGAUAGUGAUGCAUUGACAACAAUAUAUGUCAUUUUAUAGUAUAAUAAUUAAAUAGACUUUAUGUAUUUUUUUUUAUAAUAUUUGUUUAAUAUUGUUCUGAUUUUUCUAGUUUUCCUAUGUUUUAUCCCGGUUUUUCACAUUUACUGGGAAAACUUUGGAAAAUCGAAAAAUUACCUCUCUAAAGUACUUCCUUAGUAAAAUUUCCUUUUAGAAACAUUGCUAUCAUUAAUAUUUUAGGAAUAUUUUAGUAAUAUAUUUCGUACAUUUUCCCAUAUUUUUUUUUCUUUUUGGUUUUCCAAAUUUGAUAAGAAAACAGAAAAUUGAAAAAUGACCUUCAUGUACCUCCCCAUGCCGAUUUCCUUUCAGAAAAGGUGCUACACUUAAAAAUCUAAGCGAGUCUUCUGGUUUCAAAAUUACACACAAAUAAAAAAAAACAUCUUUGUAAAACCAUAAGCUUCUUCCCUCCAUUCAGAAUCAAAAAUAAAUAACUUAUUUUAGAAAAAAUUUUUUUUUCAGAAUCAUACAUCAUAAAAUGUUUUUCUGUUUAGGUAUAUCAGUUAAACAUGGUAUUAAAUAUAAAAAUAAUAUUUGGAGACAUAACAAAUGUUCGUUUAUAAUACACGAGCUUAAACGAAAACGUUGCUCAUGGUGUGAAAAAAUUAUUGCAGCUUUUCGUGUCCAGAAAUAUCGAAGAACAUUAACUAAUAAGCAUAAUCAAAUAGGAAAAACAUUUAUCACAAAUCAAGAUAAUAGAAAAUUAUUAAUGUUAAGAAAGACAAUACACAAUUUACAUAAAUCAAAUUCCAGGUAAAAAAUAAAAAAAAAAAUAUAUUAACUUAUAAAAAUACUAUUUACAUUUCUAAUGUUAUAAUUUUUAAACAUGUAUAUUUUCAGAUACAAAAUUAAAAUUGAAAAACUUCAAUGUCAAUUAAAUGACUUACAAUCCGUGAAGAAUAAGGUAUUGAAUGCAAAAACAGUCCAAUUUGCAGCUAUACAAAAUAGAGAUCUUAAAAAAAAAAAUAACGAAUUUCUAAUUUAA